AUGGCGACGGCGCUUUCUGCUUCAUUUCGUGAUCGGCUCGAACGCAUGGAGCUCGACCGGAACAAGCGUCUCUCUCUUCUCCAGGCGGAGAGAGAGCUGCAAGCGAGCAAGUCUCUGGUUCUGGCGUCUAAGCUUGCCGGAAUCAGGGAGAUGGAACGGCGAUGCUCGAUGCUCGAUCAGAAGAUCGCGUCGCAAAGUUUCAAGAUCUCGCUUCUCAAGUCCGAGAUAGACAACCUCAAUGCCAAAUACGAUAGCCAUUCGCUGCUGCUCAGGGCUUUGAUGAGCGAAGUGGAGGAUCUUCAAGAAUUGGAGAAGGCAAAGGAUGAGUUCUACGAUUCCAAGGGCUCCGAAAUGAAGGAAUUCAAGCAUAAUGUGGAGAGAUUUGUUUCGGAGUGUAGAGUGCGACUGAAAGAGCUGAAAAAUGGACUCAAUAAGUUGCAAUCGAGCUUUGUGAGAUUUCAAGACAACAAUGGGUAUAGCAACUCCGAAAUAGACACAGCAGAGAUGAUGAAAUCCGGACUCUUGGCUGCGAAACAGGAUUUGGAUAAGAACUUGGCUUCCAAUUACAGAAUGAAAGCACAUUUGCAGACGGAGCUUCAAAGCAUUUUAUCCGUGGAUUAGAGACCCACUAAUGGAAAAUGCC